AUGCGCGUCCACCGCCGUGCUGCGCCCGGCUUCCGCAGCCAUUGUUCAGACUCCCGGUGCGAGGCUCUGGUCUGCGAGAAGAUGGCAGUCCGGCUUGACGCCGCUCAGCAAGACCCGUCCCAGCUCUCCCAAGAGACGAUCGUCGAGAACCUCGAUCCCGCGGAGUGGAACCGUCUGCAGAAAGUUCGGAACAUUGGUAUCGCUGCCCACAUUGACAGCGGCAAGACCACGGCGACCGAGCGCGUUCUGUUUUACACCGGCCGUAUCAAGGAGAUCCACGAGGUGCGCGGCAAGGAUGCCGUCGGUGCGAAGAUGGACUCCAUGGAUCUCGAGCGUGAAAAGGGUAUCACCAUCCAGUCCGCUGCCACCUUCUGCGACUGGGUGAAGAAGAACGACAAGGGCGAGGAGGAGAAGUACCACCUCAACCUGAUUGACACGCCUGGCCACAUUGACUUCACCAUUGAGGUCGAGCGUGCGCUGAGAGUGCUGGACGGAGCCGUCAUGAUCCUGUGCGCCGUCUCCGGCGUGCAGUCGCAGACGAUGACGGUCGACAGGCAGAUGAAGCGCUACAACGUUCCUCGCAUUUCCUUCAUCAACAAGAUGGAUCGCAUGGGUGCCAAUCCGUUCAAGGCUGUCGACCAGAUCAACCAGAAGCUGAAGAUUCCUGCCGCCGCUAUCCAGGUCCCCAUUGGUUCCGAGGACAACUUCCAGGGCGUCAUCGACUUGAUUCGCAUGAAGGCCAUCUACAACGACGGACCUAGGGGUGAAAUCAUCAGGGAGACGGACGAGAUUCCUGCGAACCUGGUGGAGGUGUGCAAGGAGCGCCGCGGCAUGCUCAUCGAGACUCUUGCGGACGUCGAUGAGGAGAUUGCAGACCUCUUCCUCGAGGGCCAGGAGCCUACACAGGACCAGAUGAAGGCUGCCAUCCGCCGCGCUACUAUCGGCCUCAAGUUCACUCCGGUUCUUAUGGGUUCUGCUCUGGCGGACAAGUCUGUUCAACCCAUGCUGGAUGCCGUCAUCGACUACCUGCCUAACCCCGCCGAGGUCGAGAACAUGGCUCUGGACAAGAAGCGCAACGAGGCUCCCGUCAAGCUCGUGUCGUACAACUCUCUGCCGUUCACUGGUCUUGCCUUCAAGCUCGAGGAGAGCAACUUUGGUCAGCUGACUUAUAUCCGUGUGUACCAAGGUACUCUUAAGAAGGGUAUGACUGUCUACAACGCCAGGACGGACAAGAAGAUCAAGAUCCCUAGGAUCGUACGCAUGCACUCGAACGAGAUGGAGGAAGUUCCGGAAAUCGGUGCCGGUGAAAUCUGUGCAGUGUUCGGUGUGGAUUGCGCUUCCGGUGAUACCUUCACGGAUGGAAAGCUUGAGUACACCAUGUCUUCCAUGUUCGUUCCCGAAGCCGUCAUCUCCUUGUCGAUUCAACCCAAGCACUCCAAGGACGGUAACAACUUCUCCAAGGCCAUGAACCGCUUUCAGCGUGAGGAUCCGACUUUCCGUGUCCACGUCGACCCGGAAUCGCAGCAGACCAUCAUCUCCGGCAUGGGUGAGCUGCAUCUGGACAUCUACGUCGAGCGGAUGCGCCGUGAAUACAAGGUCGAAGUCAUCACUGGUCAGCCUCAGGUCGCGUACAGAGAAACCAUGACCCAGAAGGUCAAGUUCGACCACACUCUCAAGAAGCAGACGGGUGGUGCGGGAGACUACGCCCGCGUCAUCGGUUUCAUGGAGCCCACUGGCUCCUUCGGCGACAACAACUUCGAGCAGCACGUCGUGGGUGGCAACAUCUCGGAAAAGUACCUGUUCGCCUGCGAGAAGGGAUUCAUGGACUCGUGCGCCAAGGGCCCGCUCCUCGGCCACAAGAUCCUCGGCACGAGCAUGCAGCUGCUGGACGGCGCGACGCACAUGACGGAUUCGUCCGAACACGCGUUCCGCAUGGCGACGCAGCAGGCGUUCCGCAAGACGUUCAUCCAGGGCGCGCCGCAGGUGCUGGAGCCCGUCAUGAAGACGACCAUUACGGCGCCCAACGAGUUCCAGGGCAACAUCGUCGGUCUCCUCAACAAGCGCAACAGCACCAUCAACGACACGGAGAUCGGCCCGGACGACUUCACCAUCUACGCCGACUGCUCGCUGCAGAGCAUGUUCGGCUUCUCGACGCAGCUCCGUGCGGCGACGCAGGGUAAGGGCGAAUUUAGCAUGGAGUUUAGCCACUACGCUGCUGCGCCGCCGCAGCUGCAGAGGGAGUUGAUUGCCAAGUAUGAGAAGCUGCAGGCGGAGAAGCAGAAGAAAUAG